GAACUAUGCAACGCCGUCACUGUAGCGAACGAGGCGAUGAAAACAAAUCCGAAUUACAUUCGGCUGUCAUGCGCUGUGUGAAACCUCAGUGUGGGAAAUACAGAAACAAAAACAGUUUUGGCUCUGAAUCGCCGAGUGUUGAAUCUUGCAAAAGCAUCUAAGAUUCUGCAAGCACAGCUGGCAGUAUUUAGCGCAAAAAUUGCACCAAAAGAGCACAAAAGUUAUUCAUUUGUGCUCAAAACGUGAUUGGAGUAAUGUUUACUCUUCGAUAGAGAGAUCGAUAAGCCAGCUGCACUGCGGAGAGUCGUCAACGUAAUCAAAACAGAAGGGCAAAGCGUGCGGCGAAGUCGAAGCGAGGAAUGUUUUGGUGCCGAUCGAUGGAGAAGGCGGCGGUGUUCUAAUCUCGGUUCUCGAUUGAAAAAUUGUGUUCUUUUCCGGUGCUAGGUGAACUGAUUGUUAAAUUGUUAGGAUCAAAGUGUAUCAUUUGGCAGCAGGAUGCUGUGCUACGAAGGCAAACUGAGCCUUUACUGCUUCGUCAGUGCCGUGUUCAGCCUUGCCCUGCAGUGGAUUUUCUUCGAGCUGGGUGUGUUUGCUGUGGAGGUCGGGUUCUGGAUCAAAGCCGGAUUUCUCGGAGUGUACUAUCUGGUGCUGAAUGUGGUCAUCCGGCUGAAAUUUAACACAAAAGAUUAUCAGAUUGCGGUACGAGCCACGUUUUUAGGAGCGGUAUUUUCACUGGGAUGCAUUAUCUUCCAGAACUGUACGGAGGAGUACAAAUCGUUCGGAGUGUAUGUCACGCUAAUGUCUGUAUUCCAUUACUCGGAAUACCUGGGCAUAGCGUUCUGCAAUCCGAAAACCCUUUCGUCGGAUUCAUUUAUUUUGAAUCAUUCGUUGCACUAUGCCCUGGCGGCGACUGCCAGCUGGGUGGAGUAUUUCGUCGAGGUGUAUUUCUUCCCUGACAUGAAAACAUACCAACUUCUUUGGCUGUUGGGAUUGGUGCUGUGUUUCACGGGUGAAGCCUUACGGAAGCUAGCCAUGAUAACAGCUAGCAAAAACUUCAGUCACAUCGUUCAAUUCGAACACCACCAGGGCCACGAGCUGGUCACCCACGGGGUGUACAGCCUGAUGAGGCACCCGUCGUACGUCGGGUGGUUCUGGUGGUCCAUCGGCACGCAGGUCGUCCUCGCGAAUCCCGUGUGCUUCAUCAUCUACACCAUCGCCAGCUGGAAGUUCUUCCACGAUCGGAUCUUCAUGGAGGAGAUCACGCUGCUGAACUUCUUCGGCGAGGAGUACUACAAGUACCAGCAGCGGGUGCCAACGGGACUGCCGUUCAUCCGGGGCUUCAAGGUGGAACUGUGAUGUUUGGAGGGCGAUCGUCCGGAGAAGAGGGAGGGUGGUGGGAACGACGAUGGUAACGUGUCGUCGUCGGAAGAGACUGAUCAGUGGGCCAGGCGGAAGGGGAGACACGACAGCACGAGGAUCACGCUGAAGGACAGCAGCGAGGACGAGGAUGAUCGCCGGAACAUGACCGGGAGUUUUUACCAUGGACGAAAUCGACGUUAUUCCGGUAGCUACGACAAUGUGUACGAAGAAUCGACGGUGGUUUGAGGUGGAAUGCGAGAGUGCGAAUGGAUAGUAGGUUUUUGUGUUUUAUACUCAUUAAUUUUUGUACUAUGAAGACCAUGGAGGAAGCACAGUUGACGUUUAAAACAAAUGUAGUCAUUACAAUAAGAGUCCGGGAAGCCGCGAAGGCUCUCUUCAUACGAA